CCGCCGCCGGGCUCCCCAGUCAGCGCUGCCUGCGGCUGCCGGGCUGGCUGACAGGAGCGCCCCGGAGGGAGCGAUGGGGGAGCGCGGCCGCCGGGGCCCCUGAGACCCCGCCGCGCCCCAGCCCCGGCCUCCGCCAUGGAGCUGGAGCAGCCCGGGGAGCACCCGGAGCCGCGCGCCGCCGCCGGGGGCAAGCGGUCGCCCCGCAACGGAUUUUGUCGAGAGUCUUCCACAGAACAUGAUCCACCUCCUACUACAGAUGUCGAACAGAUGAGUUUCUCAUCACCUGUGCUUCCCAUGAACUCUGUGGGCAAUGACCGGGUUGAUCAGCGAACCUGCCUUAUCUGUGGAGACAGAGCUACAGGUCUGCACUAUGGUAUCAUCUCCUGUGAAGGCUGCAAAGGGUUUUUCAAAAGGAGCAUUUGCAACAAGCGGGUUUACAGAUGCAGUCGAGACAAGAACUGUGUCAUGUCACGCAAACAGCGAAACAGAUGCCAGUAUUGCAGGCUGCUGAAGUGCCUCCAGAUGGGGAUGAAUCGGAAAGCAAUCAGAGAAGAUGGCAUGCCAGGAGGCAGGAACAAAAGUAUUGGACCUGUCCAGAUAUCAGAGGAGGAGAUUGAAAGAAUUAUGUCUGGACAAGAAUUUGAGGGGGAGGCAAACAUCUCUUGGAGUAACAAUGGAGACAGUGACCAUAGUUCUCCCGGGAAUGGAGUUUCUGAGAGCAACCAGCCAUCACCUGUUUCUACUCCGUCUUCAAGUAGGUCUGUGGAGCUGAAUGGAUUCACUGCACUCAGGGAUCAAUAUAUUGGGACUCCAGUGUCCACGCACUAUCAGUACCUACCGCACCUUUUUAACUAUUCUGCUCACUCAGCUCUGAUGCCCCCACAGACCCGAAGCCUAGAUCCCCAAUCACAUAGUCUUAUCAAUCAGUUAGUGUCAGCUGAGGACCUGGAACCACUUGGCACUCCAAUGCUUAUUGAAGAUGGGUAUAAAGUGACUCAGGCAGAGCUGUUUGCAUUGCUGUGUCGUCUUGCAGAUGAGUUGCUUUUCAGGCAGAUUGCUUGGAUUAAGAAGCUGCCAUUCUUCUGUGAACUCUCAAUCAAGGACUAUACUUGCCUGCUAAGUUCCACAUGGCAGGAGCUGAUUCUGCUGUCCUCACUAACCGUUUACAGUAAACAGAUCUUUGGUGACCUUGCUGAUGUAACCUCCAAGUACUCUCCCUCUGAUGAUGAGCUGCACAGAUUCAGUGAAGAGGGAAUGGAGGUGAUGGAACGGCUGAUCUACCUCUACCGCAAAUUUAACCAGUUGAAGGUCAGCAAUGAGGAGUAUGCAUGUAUGAAAGCCAUUAACUUCCUAAAUCAAGACAUUAGGGGCCUGACUAAUACAUCCCAACUGGAGCAGUUGAAUAAACGGUAUUGGUACGUGUGCCAGGAUUUUACGGAAUACAAGUACCCACAUCAGCCAAACCGUUUUCCAGAUCUAAUGAUGUGUUUGCCAGAGAUACGAUACAUUGCAGGAAAAAUGGUGAAUGUCCCUCUGGAGCAGCUGCCCCUCCUUUUUAAAGCCGUUCUGCAUUCCUGCAAGACAAGCGUGAGCAAAGAGUGAGCCUUCAUUGCCCCGAACCCAUGCCUUGCUCUGGUGCUUCAGGUGGGGAACUGGCUCACAUGUGAAGAGAGAGGAGGGAAAAAAACCAUGAUCAAGGCAGUAGAGAGCUGCUGAGACAAGGUGGCAGGUAGCCCUGUCAUUGUAGCAAGAAUCUUUUGUUUUUGUUUUUUAAACUCUUUUCCUAUAUAUUUAUUUCACGACAGAGUUGAAUGUAUGAUCUUCAACACAGUGCACAUGGUUCUGUAUGAAUGCAGCAGCUGCAUUCUCUUGCAGUUUACAGAAUGUAAAGAUGUUUAAUGUUACAGUGUUUGUUAGGGUUAGUUCUUUUGUAUUUGGGGGGCUGGGGGCCGAUAUGACUAAGACUACCUCAAUGAGAAGAUGCUGUUCAUGUACCGAUCAUUUCAUGAUUCAUAUCCAAAGUGUUUGCCUAGAGAGCAAACUGCCUCACUCCACUGGGAGAACUAUUAGCAUCCCAAAUGCUGGAGAAUAUUGGAGGAGUGUGGGCAUCAGAGAAGUGCCAAGCUUCAAAAAAGAUAAGUGGGGGCAAAACCAGAAUUUGGGUACCCCCAGAAUAGCCAACCUGUUUGUUAUAACCAAUCUGUUCUCAUUAAGUGUGGGUCUCCAGGGUGGCUAAGGGAAUACUUGGAGGACACAGAUACAGCCGUGGAUAAAUGAUUGACACAAGCAGUGUUCCAAAACAAGGCACCUUUUGUUGAACAAUUUCUUGACACAGUAACAAUCUAAAGACAAAUCCCUCAUAACAAGUUAAAGAGCACCUGAAACCACAUUGCCUUAUAGCUUGAAAUGAUACUGAGCGGAUGCUCCCUGCUUCAGAUGGUCAGUCUGUCGCAGGUAGCUGACAGCCAUUUUUAGAUGUCCAUUAGCUUUUACACGUAUAAACCCCUUUCACAGUCCACACACACAUGCAUACAUCUGUAUUAACCCCCACACACACGCAAACACUAGGCUAUGCUAUAACUAUACCGGUUACUCUGUCUGACCGUACUCAGCUGACGGCACAGUAUAUUUCCCUGUUUUCUUUCUCUCUCCACUCCUCUGCUGCGUCCUUCUCUUCUCCCACCGCUUACUGCUGCUUCUCCUUCGUCUCACCCUCACCUCUUUCGCGCCUCCCUCUGCCUUCUCAGCUCUCUGCUCAGCGGCCUUCUCAACUGUCAGCUGCUGCUGACUUUUAUACCCUACUUUGCUAACGGUCACACAUCCGUCAUUCCAGUUGGCCGUUACUUACCUCAGUGUUGUGAUCUGUCAUUUGUUGUUUACCACUUGCUAGUGCUACGUGACCUGCAGCUGUCAGCCAGUGGUGGAGUGACUCUUGCUUAUUCAAAAUGGAAGCCAGGAAUCUAGGGAUUUCAAAAUGGAGUUUCUCUGGAAUCAGAGGGAGAAAUUAAGACUUUUUUGGUCAACUAGCUAAACUUCAUCAGUUUUCAAAUGCAGCUCUCAUGAUGUAAAUUGGGUCCCCCUGAAAUUCUGUCAUGAGAAUUGCUGCAUUCCAAGGCUGAGAAAGACCCCUAACCGACAUUCCCCUUCCCAAGGCAAUGCAGAAUUGUUCUCUCUCUCUCUCUCCAACUGAUGCAUGAUUAUUCCCUCACGACUUUCCUACCAAACUGGAAUUGUUUUGUAAUUAAUAACAGGCUUUGAACAGGGAGGCAGAAAUAAACCAGGCAGACUGCAAAUAAUUUAAUUAUUGGCUAAAUGCUAUCUCUUAGAAUCACAAACUGGAAAAGCAUUCUAAGAAGCCUGGGCAAUAUACGUUCUCCAUGGCUAGAUCUGGCCUAGUUUUUAAAUUACUCCAGUGAAGAGGAUUUCCUACUACAGUAGUUACAAGCAGUUGACAUCAGCGAACACUUCAAACCUCGCAGCUUCUAUCCCUCCUAUGGAUAAAAUAAAUGACUUCUGAUAAGAGAUUUCAGUAUCCUCUGCUAUUGGGUGUCUGUUGACCCUUGGAGAACAUAUGGGUAUUAACCAAGUGCUGCAUGUACCAUUUUAUUGCUUGGAGGGGAGAGUAGUAGGAAAACCUGGCUCUUAGUACAAUUCAUGUAUAUUACUUGGUUCUAAUUCUCCCAGAAUUUAGAUGUUCCACCCAGUAACUUCAGUCACUUGCAUUACAUCAAAAAUGCUUUACUUGCUGCUAUUCAGCUGUUUGAUUAACAACACGUAUUACUGUCCAUUAAGCCUCAGUGUCCUCCAUGGCUUCCUGUAGCCACACGAUUGCUAGCUGGGGAAGAUUUCUUUCCCUGUUUCCAUCAUUCAUAUAUUUAUGAAAUCCUACUCUUUCUAAUAGGCAGCCAUGUUGCCUUUGCUGAAUUUUCUGCUGGGACCCUUAGUUGUAAAUCUGUUGAUUUGAAUGGUUACAUUAGGCUGAUUGAGACAUUUUUGAAUGUUGAAGAACCUGCUAUUUUUAAACUACCUUAACUUCUUCAGGAAACAACUUCUGCUCUUCUGGGGUGGGAGAAACCAUUCUUACACCCUUGCCAUCCUCUGUCCAGUCAUGACACAUCAGAGUGUAUGGCACAAAUUAAAUAUGUGGUCAGGAGAAGCAGUCUUUUCUUCUGCACAAGCACCUGCUCUCCACUGAAGUACUGUACCUGCUAGUGGGUAGAAAAGAACUGGGUGAACAGCAGAAGCAUAUCAUUAAGUCAACCCCAAAUGCUACCUACAGGCUGGUGUAAUAGCAACCCAACAGUCAUUGGAACUUGCUAGCUUGGCACAUCUCUAGGUCAGUCAACAGUUAUUCUGUACAAUAAGUGCAAAUGGGUCCUGCCUCCAAGAGAUGAAGACUACUCCAUCCAAAACCAUCUCAGCAGAGACAAGCUGUUGACUAACCAUGUAGACCAAAGGCAGUGUUGCUCUCUUUAGUUCUGUUUUGUGAAUCUUCCCACUUGAUUGUUUCCCUUGCUUUAGGUAGUCCACUAGCUGCUGAUACACACUUUCGUAAAAUAAGAUGUUACGGGUAACAGCUGCUGGGAUCAGCAGAAGUCCACUUUUAUAUCACUUGACGAAUCCAAAGUUAGUUUCAAGAAUCUCAUUUGCUUUCUGUUUAUAAAAUGAGACAAGCACAUAUUUCUCAGGAAAGCCUUCUGCAUUCAGUAUAUACCUCAAGUAUACAUGGGAAGAUUUUAGUGUAUCUCUUUAUUUCUAAGUUAGGAAGUAUUGACAGCUUUAACUUUCAUUUUCAAAUAAUUCCACAUGAUACUUGUAUUACGGGUUCUUUUCUGGCUUGCUUAUACAUUUCAGGAAUAGUUUAACUGCACAGAAGUAAUCUUAUUCCACAGUUAUUAGAUUAUUAAUUAUUGAUGAAUAAGGGUUUGUUUUAAUUAGAAGAUCUCUAUGCUAACAUUAGAAAACUUGUUUUUGCCAAAUACCUGACAAAAACAUCUAGUUUGUACUCUGUCCAAAAUUAAUUGACUCCCCAAGAAAAUGCUGCACAAGCAAAGAUUUAAUAAACUUGAUGGGGAUGGAGGGGGGGAUGUGCUACUACUUGCAACUGUGUAAACCAUUUUGAUACAUGUUGAUUGGCAGCAGUAUCUGUUAACAAACCCCCGUGUAGCGCAGUGAGCAUAAAAGCUGUGCUAAAUUCACAAGCUAGAACGAGACUAACAUACCGAACCAGAACCUAACUCGCUGGACAGUCAUUAAUGUCUUCUGCACCAAGUCCUCUAAUGACUUGUGUUUUUUAAACAGGGUAAAGUGAAUGUGUUGCAUUGCAAACUCAGGUAUUAUGAUGAGAAGAUAGGAAUGUAGCUAGAAAUGUAGUGACAUUAGGUCAGUCACUAGAUGUAUUUGUGAAUUUGGUUUGAAGGACAUCCUACAAAAGUUGGAAUUGUUUGUCCCAAUCUUCACAUAACAUUCGGUUUACAGGGAACCAUAUUUUAUUUGUGCUUAAUGCUAGUUAGGUGGGGAUGUUCAUUAUCUUUGGUAUCUGCUGUUGGUUAUCUGGACUUCUGUCAUAGAAGACUCAAACAAAAAUAAUCAUUUUUGGCGGAAUUUUCUGCCAAGACAAGUCAAUAUUUAUCUCUGGUUUGAAAGAUAACUCAAUCGACCCCAUCCUUUCCUUCAUAGUGUUUGUGCAAAUGUAAAUCUGAAGAGUUUUUUUAGCCCAAACAGAUUUUGGGAUCUAAAUUUGAAGUGCAUAUGCUCACAUAUUCAGAGGGUGACUCAGUCUGGGAAUCGCAAAUGAACAAGUUUAAAGUUCUUGUAAUCUGCUCCAGGAAACACUCCAGGUUCUAAGUAUCAUCUCUCGCUAAUCACUGCAUUGCCAAGAAACUGCUGCUACCGGUGAAUGGUGUUACUCCAUUAGCUCAAGUGGCAAGGCCAAUGCUUUCAGUUCUGAAGGUACUGGACUUAAAUGCUAAUGACCUGGCACCACAGGCCAUGAUUAAAAGCCCGCUGAAGUCAGUUGGAAUCUUUCCACUGGCCCUCAGUGCUGUGAAUAAGGCCAUAGAAACACAACUUGAGCUGAAAGAGUCAAUUUUUACUCCAUUAGCUUUAGCAGUAGUAGGCAUUUAUCCUCUGUGGGGACCAGCAACUAGAAGGGGACAUAACUCACAAGCCAAGUGUGUCAUGCCAGCAAGAAGAUCAAAGCCAGUUAUAUCUAUAAAUUUAGUUUCAUAAACACCAUGAACUUUGGGUUCUCACCAAGGGGGAGGGGCCUAUCAGGUUUACACUCAGCAGCACUAAUACAAGGAGGCAAACUUACAACCAGAGAUGACCCUAUGGCUGCCAAUAGUGGGGGGGCAGAGUGAGGGCAGCAGCUUCAGCAGUGUUACUGAGCAUGCUCAGUCCAAGCCAAUCAGCAAAUUGGGGGGGAGGGGGCAGCAUGUGACCCUGCAUGACCCUCCCACCAUGUCACCUAUGCUUACGACCAUGUGUAACACGUUGUUGUCUGUCUGUGUGACGCUAAACAUUCCUUUAGCACCACUGGCAUCUAGAAAGGUCUGUGCAUCAAAGUCUAGUUUCUCAGGUUGGGGCAUAGGCAACAAAGAACAGCAUUGUUCUGCUCUUAUUUCCUGCUGCUUGUCAGGUUUGUGUGUUGAAUUGCCUGUGGGGAAGACGAGAACCUUCCAAAACAGUGCAUGCAGUGCAGCCCCAACAGAGCACACGCUGUGUGCAGAGAUGAAAUGCCUCUUCCUAAGCUGUGCCCAACGCCUGCAUGUAUGAAAUACGAACACCUAAUCGGUACCAUGUGGUGGGAAGAAGCUGAAGUCUUCAUUACAAAUAUUAAUUUCACAUGCACACUUACCACUCUUCGAAUGUUAAUAUCUUGGCCGCUUUAACCCUUUCCAGCUCACUCCUAAAGCCUUUAGACAAUACUAUAGAGUAACACUUGCUUUUCAGUGGUUCGUGUAGCUGUCCACUUUUCCAUGUCUUCAGGUACUGAACUUUCUUAUCCACAGUUGCACAGGCAUAAAGACCAAAGAGCAGACCACAUGUUUUGAAAACUUACCGAUUAAAAAUGCAGCUCUUGUGGAUUAAAUGUUCAGUGUUGCUGUGUAUAUAUGCCAGUUUAGAAGCUGAGUAAUGAAUACCCUCAUCACUGAAAUAAAAAUGGCCCUACUGUGUCAGGUUUGUCAGUUCAGAUAUUUAUUGAUCCCCUUGAGUAUGCAAAAUUGGGCUGGACCUCUGUCAAAAGCAGAUGUUCUAAGAUUCACUUCCUGCUUCCAGCCAGCUCAGUGCCCCAGGGGAGCCUCUUCCCAAUGCUAUGGUGCUUUUGCUUCUUGUCAGAGCCCAAAGUGCAAACACAGCUGCAAAAUUGAGGUAUAGGAGGUUGGAGAUAACACCUCAGAGAGGUUCAGUUCAAGAAGUGGGCAAAGGGCUGGGGGGCUACCUCUGCCUGAUCUGUUCCUAUGUCCCUUCUGAAUAUGAGUGCCUGAGCACUAGGAGGGACUCUGCUAUACACAGGGCUGACACGGAGAACCUGCUAACAUAAAUGAGAAGGUUCACAACAAACGGGAUUUUCCCCUCUCCUGAGUAGGAAGACUGGAGACUGCUUUGAGUCUUGCUUGUUGUCUGCCCUGUAUGUCCCAUACUCCGUUAUGUUGCUGCAUUGCAGGAUCUGUGUGCUGGUAUGAACAAACUCUUCAGACUUCGGCACAAAGCAGUGAUGGUCAUUUCUGCUUAUUGGUUUUAAAAGUCCAGUCCUUCAAACCAAUCUUUUUUUAAAAAACUUGAAUUUCUUUUAUCUUUAAUACUUUUAAAAAGGAAAACAACAACAAAAAUCCCUCCUGUGAAUGUGCUAUCACCGUUGGUUCAUUUCUUCUUCUUCGUCCUUGGUUUUGAUUUGAAGCUAUGAAGCUCGGUGUCUGUGAUGAUGAUAUUUCUGUAUUUCUCAGGAUAAGAAGCGGCAAUCAUCCCUGCCACAUAAAAGGCAGGAGAAGGGGGGAACUUGGGGAAGUAGUUUAAGUAUGAAGCCAAUUUGUAAGUUUUAGAUGAUGUGUAAAUCAAAGAUGACAAUACAUAAGAUGUCAGCGUCAAGCUGUGGCGUUUCUUUGGGUUCUCAGUGCGUUGCUUGCAACGCGCACAGAAGCUCAGGGAUAUGUAUUUAAAUGUGACCCACUGAAACCCUCAUCUUGAUGUUGCAACAGUAGCUUCUUUCAUGGCCUGUUUGGAAGCCCAUUAUAAUCUCAGUAAGCAUCUCCACAUCCGGAUUUUGGGAAGAAAAAUUUGGCUUUAUUUGUGCGGAGUUCUUACAUAAGUGGCUUGUGUACAGUCAGUAACAACAAAUAACAAUUUCCUUCGGAUGUACAUUGCCUGUUCUGAGCUAUUGCAAAUCUGUAAGAAGACACUCUGAGUUACAUCAGGUCAGAUGCUGUGACUGCAUGGAUUAUAAUCAUUAGCGCUGUCAAUCUGUCAGGGCAAACUGGUGAGAGAAUACUGAUGUGCUGACAGGAGAAAAUGUCCAAGAUGGUUGCAAACUGCAGGGGAAAUCAUGGGAUGGCCUGGAGGUGUCCUGUAAUAACCCCUCCUCCCAUUAAGGCUUCACUAAACUUAACAAAAAUAAUAAAAUAUAGAAAUGCCCUAUCUCACCCCAAUGUACCCAGCAGUGCCCUCUGCUAAUCUUGAUGGGCAUCUUUAAUGCAACACCUAGGGCUGUCAAGUAAUUAAAAAAAUUAAUUGCGAUUAAUCGCACAGUUAAUAAUAGGAUAACAUUUAAAUAUUUUUGGAUGUUUUCUACAUUUUCAAAUAUAUUGAUUUCAUUUACACCACCAGAAUACAAAGUGUAAGGUGCUCACUUUAUAUUUCGUUUUUUAUUACAAAUAUUUGCACUGUAAAAAAACAAAAGAAAUAGUAUUUUUCAGUUCACCUAAUACAAGUACUGUAGUGCAAUCUCUUUAUCAUGAAAGUUGUACUUACAAAUGUAGAAUUAUGUACAAAAAAACUGCAUUCAAAAAUAAAACAAUAUAAAACUCUAGAGCCUGCAAGUCCACUCAGUCCCCUGCAAUGGUGGAUGAAGCAUGAAAGGACAUAUGAAUCUUUAGCGCAUCUGGCACAUAAAUAUCUUGCGACGCCAGCUACAAUAGUGCCAUGUGAAUGCCUGUUCUCACUGUCAGGUGACAUUGUAAACAAGAAGCGGGCAGCAUUAUCUCCUGUGAAUGUAAACAAACUUGUUUGUCCAAGCGAUUGGCUGAACAAGAAGUAGGACUGAGUGGAUUUGUAGGAUAUGAAAUUUUACAUUGUUUUGUUUUUGAAUGCAGUUAUGUAACCAAAAAAAUCUACAUUUGUAAGUUGCAUUUUCACGACACAGAUUGCACUACAAUACUUGUAUGAGAUGAAUUGAAAAAUACUAUUUUUGUUUGUCAUUUUUACAGUGCAAAUACUUGUAAUCGAAAAUAAUGUACACUUUGAUUUCAGUUACAACACAGAAUACAAUAUAUAUGAAAAAGUAGAAAAACAUCCAAAAUAUGUAAUAAAUUUCAAUUUGGUUUCUAUUGUUUAAUAGUGUGAUUUUAAAAUUGUAAUUAAUUGUGAUUUUUUUUUAUUGCAUUUAAUUUUUUUGAGUUAAUCACAUGAGUUAACUGCAAUUAAUCGAGAGCUCUAGUGACAACAUAAUCACGCUCUGAGAAAACGCCCCCUGGUGCUCGGAGAGCUCCUGGCAGGCCGUACUGGAGAACACAGAGGUCCCAGAGCUGUAGUAACACUGGGCACUUCUGCAUUUCCCUCUUCCAAGCACUUGACAAAUGGCUUGUGCUUUCUCCUUCAAAAACCUCAUUUUAAAAAUGUAAUAAAUAUGGAAGAGAAUAAAAAUCAUGGUGCUCAUGGCCACGCCUUAAAAUGCCAGGCUCCGUGAUGGCACCCGUGAGGACUCUGCAGUCAUGCUCUUUUUGUAGAGUACAGCUCUCUCACUGCAGACCUCCUAGGGAUUAGGUGCAUUCAAACUGCUUGAGAAUUGUACUGAGAGAAUAUCCAAACCAGCCCUAUUCCAUGAUAUAAUCACCACAGGUAGUUGUCUCAGGGCUUGUCAAUAUGGAUGCUUCGUAUAAAUCCACUGCACAGCAGCCUGCUGUGCGCUCACUCACCCUUCCUGCUCCCUGAAAGGUCCCUUGUGCACUUUCCCUACUGAUGGUUGAAACAGCGGUAGGUCAAAGUACGCUAGGGAACUUUUAGUGCACAGCAGCAUGAUCUAUACACAAACUUUGUGUGCAGCAGGCUUGUGCACUGUGGAUUUUACACCCUGGCUUGCUGUGCAGUGAGUGUCCAUAUAGAUAAGCCCUCAGACAGUGGCAGAAUGACCGAAUCUGACAAUGGUCAGCAGCCAGCCCCAGGGCUAGCGGGUUGUUUGUCUCAUCAACCUGGUGUGCCAGUAUCUGGAAGCCUGAGCUUGGACUGUCCAUGCUUAGAGAUGUUUGCUUACUAUAGGUAUUAUUUUUUCACUGUGGGAGAAAAAAAGCCUGACUGUGCACUGACCUCUAACAAGUGCAUGAAAGAAGCAACCAAAGGCAGAAAUGCCACCAAAGGCAGAAAUAAACAAACCAAACCACAUGCCGAUCAGCCUCAGCAAAGCCUUUUGUGAUUCAUUGUUUUCUUUCAUUUUAUAAAAUGUCUUGUAAUAGUUGAUAACAUUAUUGACUCAAUUUCCAUAACAAAACUACCUCUUGUGUGACAUCCUGUUUAUCAUCUCAAAGGGAUUGUGUGAAAAACAAAAUACUGCUCCUCUUUCUGUUUACAUGUUUCUGAUGAAAAAUGUGGAGUGAAAAUGUCUCGGGUUUUGUGGCCGUUUUGAUUUAGUUGUCGUUGGGUUAUUAGUCCUUUAACAAUUGCUGCAGCAGCAUUUGAAUGUUCGGGUGACAUUUUGUGAUUCUGUUGAUCAAAACUGGAACUCCAAGCACCACCAUGGUGGAGACGCCUACCGGGGCUGCUCAGGUUUUGCUGGAACUUUAGUGAGUUUCACUUAGGCCAUGGCCACCUUCCGGAUUUCCCAUGGUGUCAAUCAGCCAUGUCAGGGUACCAGUGCAAACCUCUAGCACACAGGCACCCUCACUUUAAGCCCCAGUUUGUACCAGCAGAGCUGCACUGGUGCAAAUCACCACAUGUCCCCAGUCAGCAAGAGACCAAGAAAACCAAAGCUCUGCACUUUCCUCCAGAGGGUGCCCAGGCCUCUCCAGGUUGGUUGCUAUGCUUUGCAAGGGCUGGCUGCAGCCCUUGCCCAACAUCUCCCUCUGGUUUGGUUUAACACACCAAGCAUGAGCCUGUUGAUGCAAAAUGCAGCUUUCACCAACUAAAUUGAAUUUCCUCUAUGUCACAGGCAUCUCGAAAGCCAUAGAACAGAGCCACACAAUGGGCACUGAACAGAUGCAUGAUAUGUAUGCGUUACAUUGGUAGCCAGGGAUUUCCUCAGCGUCCUUGUGCAUGUGUUCUAUGUUACAGACGUUUACAGCUUAAGAAGAAAAUGAGUCCAGAAACCCUCCCAAUUGCAUUGGCCCUUUGUCUCACCUGUUCCACGUGGCAUAUCUGUAGUCAAUGUGCCUUCUCCUUGCAUUGGGACUGGGCCCUGUCAAUAGAUGUGCUAUAGGGAAUGUGUUUUCAUUCAAUCAAGCACAGCAAAACAAUUCAUUUUUCCCAUGAUCCCUUGCAUAAAUCAGGGAAGCAGGAUGUCACCUCAACAUAACUAAUAGUGAGCGUUUAGCUGUUAUGUUUAACAUGCUCAGAGCUGGAGUAUAGACAGGUUAGCAUGGCUGGCCCCUGCCUUCUUCCCCCAGGGAUCCCAACUGCACCUCGGGGGGGGCUGGUCACACUUCCCAUCUCAGGAGCUGUUUCUUGUCACUACACUAUGACCAAAUGAAUGUUUCUCCUGAUGUGUCCUGCUUGUGCCGUGGGGCCCGCCCUUCACCCACUGGUGGGCCGACGUGCAGGCUGCUCAUGUCUGACCUGUCUCUGCUCUGCUCUGCUCUGUGACUUGACUACCUGUGGAAAUGUGACCAAUAAGUGUUAAACGCAUGUUUAGCAAGUGUUAGCUGUUUGAACUAAUAAAUGUGAAUUGUUCUGCGCA